AUGGCCGGCGACAACACCAGUGCUGCGCGCACUCCGGCGCGACAGCCGGCAAAGGCUGCGGUAUCAGUUUCUUCCUCUGCCAAGCAAAAGUCAAUCAUGUCGUUUUUUCAAAAGUCUUCGCCGGCUGCGACCCCCUCCCCAGCGGCACGCAAACAGGUCUCCUCUGAUCCCAGUUCUUGUCUAAAGGAGACAAAGGCCAACUUCUUACCAAAGGCGAAGCCUGCGCAGAAACUCCAAACCCCUGUGCCUUCGAGCGACGCGCCAGAACCCAGCAGCUCGCAGGAGAACCUCGACACUGUUUCUCGCCACGAGAAUGCCCCCAGUUCUCCAAUCAUGGCUAGGCAGGCAAAGCCCAAGCCGCGACCAGCCAUCAAAGACCCAGCUGGCAGCAGCCCCGCGCGGAAGUCGCGAAAAGCCGUCAGCUACGCGGAAUCCUCCGAAGACGACGAACCUGUGUCGACUGUUAACCGCCGUCGCACUAGGGCGCGACUGGUUGUAGACGACGAGGACAACUACGGAGAUGAUGGUGAUGCUGACGUGCAAGACGAUGAAGACGAUAUUGACGACUUUGUUGUCGAGGACGAUUCGGACGGCGCUACUCCAAGACCCAAGAAGAGAAAGCGGCCAUCGCAACCGACAACGGCCAGGAAACGAUCGAACAUUUCACCACCCGCAACCAAGGAUGAGCUGAGCGACCUGAAUGACGACGAUGUUAUGACGGAUAUCCCGCCACCUACUAGUGCUAAGCAAUGGAGCUUUGACCCUGAAUCAGAAGAGAAAAGACCUGUCACUACUCCAGCUGAGCGUGCUGCAAAAGACCCGAAGCGGAAAGAAAAGGCUCACACAAAGGAACCCGACGAACGCUACUCCUGGCUUUCUAAGAUCAGAGACAAGGAGAAGCGCGAACCAGGGGACCCAGACUAUGAUCCACGAACUAUCUUUAUCCCUCCUCUCGCUUGGAAUAACUUCUCCCCUUUCGAGAAGCAGUAUUGGGAGAUUAAGCAAAAUCUCUGGGACACGAUAGUCUUCUUCAAAAAGGGAAAAUUCUACGAGCUAUAUGAAAACGAUGCUACCAUCGGCCACCAAGAAUUCGAUUUCAAAAUGACUGAUCGCGUCAACAUGCGCAUGGUCGGAGUUCCAGAGAGUGUUCUUGACCACUGGGUUAACCAAUUCAUUGCCAAGCAAUACAAAGUUGCCCGAGUGGACCAGAUGGAAACAAAUCUCGGCAAGGAAAUGCGUGAAAGACAGGACAAGACUGGGAAGAAGGCCGACAAGAUUAUUUCUCGUCAACUUGCUUGUGUCCUCACCGCCGGGACAUUGGUUGACGGAAGCAUGCUCCAAGACGACAUGGCUGCCCACUGUGUUGCUAUUAAAGAGUCUGUUGUGGACGGCCUCCCUGUAUUUGGCAUCGCCUUUGUCGAUACAGCUACUGGUCGCUUCUUCCUGACUGAGUUCGUCGAUGAUGUUGACUUGACUAAGUUUGAGACCUUCAUUGCGCAAAUCGGCCCACGAGAGAUGCUACUCGAGAAAUCUCAUCUGUCGACCAAGGCCAACAGAGUUCUGAAGAACAAUACCAGCCCUACCACAAUCUGGACGCACCUGAAGCACGGCGUGGAAUUCUGGGAUGCCGACACCUGCAGACGCGAGUUGACUGCUGCGAACUACUUCUCAACGGAAGCCGACAGCGAUGGAGGGUGGCCAGAAGCUCUGGAGAAACAAAGAGACAAUGAUGUCCUCAUGUCAGCAGUUGGCGCCCUGGUGUGGUAUUUGCGCUUUCUGAAGGUGGAGCGACCCUUACUUUCCCAGAGCAACUUUUCCAUGUACAAUCCCAUUCAGAAGAAUGGCACCCUCGUCCUCGACGGCCAGACUUUGAUCAACCUCGAAAUCUUCUCCAACUCGGUUAAUGGCGGCAGCGACGGCACCCUGUUCCAGCUUCUUAACAAGUGCAUCACGCCCUUCGGCAAACGCCUUUUCCGACAAUGGGUUGCCCACCCGCUUCAAAACAUUGAUAGAAUCAAUGAGCGCUUAGAUGCAGUGGACAUGCUCAACAAUGAUCCGUCUGUUCGUGAGCAAUUUGCCUCCCAGCUCGUCAAGAUGCCCGAUCUGGAGCGUCUUAUUUCGCGAAUCCAUGCCUGCGCUUGCAAACCAGAAGACUUUGUUCGUGUUCUGGAUGGGUUUGAGCAGAUUGAGUACACAAUGACUCUGGUCUCCUCUUUCAAAGGUGGUAAUGGCUUGCUUGAUCGUCUUAUUGCAUCCAUGCCCAGCCUUGAGGAGCCCCUGGCCUACUGGAGAAACGCUUUUGAUAGACGAAAGGCCAAGGAUGAAAAGAUUCUCAUCCCGGAGCGUGGUAUUGAGGAAGAUUUUGAUGCCAGUUUGGAGCGAAUGGAAAACAUCAAAAGCCAGCUUCAAGAACUGCUAACAGAGAAGAAGGGGGAGCUCAAGUGCAAGGCGCUCAAGUUCACCGACGUGGGUAAAGAAAUCUUCCAAAUCGAGGCGCCAAAGGCGAUCAAAGUACCCUCCAGCUGGCGACAGAUGUCUGCUACCAAAGACGUCAAGCGAUGGUAUUUUACCGAGCUGACGAGUCUCGUCCGUGAGCUGCAAGAAGCGGAGGAGACUCACUCGCAGUUGGUGCGCGAGGUUGCAGCGCGCUUCUGCAAAAAGUUUGACGUCGACUACGAGCUCUGGCUUUCAGCUAUUCAGGCCAUUGCCCAGCUGGACUGCUUGGUUAGUCUGGCCAAGGCAUCAUCGUGCUUGGGCGAGCCAAGCUGCCGUCCGCAAUUUGUAGAUCAAGACCGAAGCCUCGUCGAGUUUGAGGAGCUGCGCCAUCCAUGUAUGCUGAACACGACUGGCGACUUUAUUCCCAACGACAUCAAGCUCGGCGGCGAACAAGCCAACAUUAAUCUGCUCACCGGUGCCAACGCUGCAGGCAAAUCAACGGUUCUAAGAAUGUCUUGCAUUGCCGUUAUCAUGGCGCAAAUUGGCUGCUACGUACCAGCCGUGUCUGCAAAGCUCACACCCGUGGACAGGAUCAUGUCCCGCCUCGGUGCCAACGACAACAUUUUUGCUGCGCAGUCGACUUUCUUUGUCGAACUGUCAGAGACCAAGAAGAUUCUCGCCGAGGCGACUCCCCGCUCUCUCGUCAUCCUCGACGAGCUGGGCCGCGGCACAAGUUCGUAUGAUGGUGUAGCAGUCGCUCAAGCCGUCUUGCACCAUGUAGCGACGCACAUUGGCUGUGUCGGCUUCUUCGCCACGCAUUACCACUCGCUGGCCACCGAGUUUGAGAACCACCCCGAGAUUCGAGCCCGGCGCAUGCAGAUCCACGUCGAUGAUGCGGAGCGCCGCAUCACCUUUUUGUACAAACUAGAGGAUGGCGUCGCAGAAGGCAGCUUCGGCAUGCACUGCGCGGCCAUGUGCGGCAUCUCCAACACCGUCAUUGAGCGCGCCGAGGUGGCGGCCAAGGAGUGGGAGCACACGAGCAGGCUCAAGGACUCCCUGGACAAGGCAAAGACGGGAUGCUACAUUCCGCUCGGCAUCCUCAGCGAUGUCGGCAGCCUGCUUGGUGACAGGGGCGGUGUUGAUGAAAAGGGUAUUGAGGUUUUGUUGCGUGCUAUUGAGUGCCUGUAG